AGCGGUCACAUGGUACAGUGACGCCACUGGCCGGAAGUUGUGUAGAAUGCGCGCCCCCGGGAAGAUGGCAGCAGCUUUCUCAGUCAGGGGUGUCUGAUGGACCUUCUGAUACUCAGCGAAUGAGGCUGGAGAACAGAUUGGCCCAGCCAAUUACCAACAUGGAUCUCUCACCCUCACGGAUUUAGCCGAGGAAGUUAGGCGAUGACCCCCACAUGCAUUCAUGGAUCCUGAAACUCAUCUGGAAAGAAUGAAAUAGAUGUAGAGAUAUUACAGGUAACGACUGAGACAGAAGAAUAUCGUCUGAGUACAAUGAACAGUAAAUUAGUUCCCCCAACUGAUGGGGAGUCUCUAGGCACUGCGGGCAGGGAUGUGGGCCUGCAAAAUGAACAGGGGGAUCACCUGACUGCAAUUAAGGCUGAAGCAGAGAUAUUAGAGAUUCAGAUAGAAGCUCCAGACUAUCAGAAAGCAAAUACCAGUGCAGCAGUUUCCUUCAUGAAGGGGGAGGUUUGCUGUAACAGUGAGGAGUCUGGAAAUGCCAGGCCUUGGUUUUGCCCAUUCCAGAGUGUUCCAGCAGCCAUGGACUCUGAUCCGUUGGAUACAGGUAGGGAAGCGUUACAACAUACUGCCUUGUUACUAUGGCUGAAACAGCACAAAGAGCACACUGCCUCCAACCUUAAGCCCGACACGACGUACACGGGCUGCCCAGCUAAUUCCGCCUUUUCCCAUUUUCUAUGUUAUAAAUGUGGAAGAAAUAUAUCAGGGAAUAGUGCUAUCCUGACGCACCUUUGCUCCUGUACCUGGAGUGUAAAUUCUACCAAUAAGAAGAGCUAUACAGAACAGAAGCCGUUUGUCUGCUCUCAGUGUGGAAAGCACUUCAGGAAGAAAUAUCACUUUCAGAUACAUCAACAGCUCCACACAGGGAAGAAACCAUUUAUCUGCACAGAAUGCGGGAAAGGCUUCUCGCAAAAGAUUCACCUUUUCACCCACCAUAGAACUCACACAGGGGAGAAACCAUUUACAUGCACAGAAUGUGGGAAAUCCUUCGCGAAAAAGAUUCACCUCAACACUCACUAUAGGAUUCACACAGGGGAGAAACCGUAUACAUGUACCGAGUGUGGGAAAGGUUUCUCUGAAAAGACUACGCUCCACUCACACCUAAGAGUACACACUGGGGAGAAACCAUUUGCAUGCACUGAAUGUGGCAAAGACUUCUCUCUGAAGAGCAGCCUUCACAAACACCAGGCGGUUCAUACAGGGGAAAAACUGUUCAUGUGUUCAGAGUGUGGGAAGAGGUUCUCCCGCAAAACCAGCCUUCACAAGCACGAGACAAUCCACGCAAGGGAGAAACCAUUCACCUGCAAUGAGUGUGGGACCAGCUUCACUCGAAAGACUCACUUGUUCAAACAUCGAUCCCAGGUUCACAAGCAGGGGAAAUCAUUCAUGUGUAAAUAAUAUAGUGGGAAAUGCGCCUUCAGCCCCACAAGGAGAUACUAAAUAUAAUAUAUUUACAAGGAUCGCUUAAGUUAGCCAUACAUAUGCUCGUUUGGUGAGGUUACUAAAUGGGUGGGUCCCUGCCUAAAGGGACAAUGAUUGGCUCAUAACACUGGGCCUAUGGAGUCCUGUCAAACAUGGACUGUAUCAAUGCACUGUUGUGGUCCAAAGAGGCUUCAAAGCUCUUUAAUUAUAACUGACUACUAAAGGCAAAUGUUUGUAUAAAAAAACAAGUGUUAAUAUACUCUCACUUAAAUAAAAUAUGUAUUUAUAUA